UGUAGGAUGAUGUCUGUAUUUAUAUCAUUACCAUAGGUAAUGAUAUUUAUAUCAUUCCAGCGUUUAUACUGCACGUUUGUGCAUGCUGAAAGCAACAUUGACAUCAGUAAUAAUAUUAGUUCCGAGAUCAAGCUGUGAGAUCAAGCUGUGAGUGUAGUAGAAAUUAAAAAGUCGACACAAUACCAGUAGAUCCUUACAGAUUACAACAAUCAGUACAUAUUAUAAGAAUGAAUUAUGAAUCUGUAGUUAAGAAAAUAAGAAACGAUACCAUCAUGAUGAAGCUACAGAAGCGGAGGUCCCCCAUUAAGGGCUUAUGAGCGAGGAAUGGGUAGAGUAAAUAACAUUGCUAUGACUAAUUAACUUAUUUGCAAUAACGUGAGAUUCAAAAUAUUUAGUUUGGAUUGAUACUUGUUUAAGUAAAUAUUGAAGGUUUGGGAAGUAUUUGUGAUGAAACAGACAAACAAGUCGCCAAUUAAACGAGGUGAUCUCAUCCUUAAAGAGAAGCCAUUUGUUUUUGUUUUACAAUCGAAAUAUCGCAAAGAACGUUGUGAUUAUUGCCUAAAGGCCACAAAACUUUUGAAAUGCUCCACUUGCCAGUAUGUUUACUAUUGCAACAGUGAUUGUCAAAUACGGGCAUGGGAUCAACACAAAGUCGAAUGCCCUUUCCUAAAACGUAUAUAUCCACGCACAGUACCCGAUGCAGCACGUAUGCUAUGUAAAUUGAUUAUAAAACUGAAUAGCGGUGGUAAUUUGGAGCGUGGUUAUUAUACUGAAACCAGUUAUAGAAAAUUUCAAGAUCUUAUGUCACAUUAUACGGAGAUAGAACAGGAUGCCACACGUAUGGCUCAUUUUCAAUGCUUAAAAGUGGUGCUGUCUGAAAUGAUGCAUGAAAGCACUAUCAUGCCAAAUUCAAAUGAGCUUCUUACCAUUUACGGGAGAUUGGUCACAAAUGGAUUUAACAUUCUUGAUGCCGAAAUGAACUCAAUUGCCACUGCCAUAUAUUUAGGUGUUUCUGUCACCGACCACAGCUGUAGGCCAAAUGCAGUUGCCACUUUUGAAGGAACAACUCUUCUUAUACAUGCGACUGAAACUAUUGACUGUUUAGAUUGGUCAAAGAUUUUUAUAAGCUACAUUGAACUAUUAAAUACUACAGAACAGCGACGACAUGACUUAAAAUCCAAUUACUAUUUUUAUUGUUUCUGCUCAAAAUGUCUGGACUCCAAUGAACUACGCGAAAUGAACGCCGCAUUAUGUCCCAACACAAACUGUAAUAUGUUUCUCGACAUCAGUGCAGAUAAAUGUUCGUUAUGUAAAACCAAUAUAAAUUCUGAAUAUCGUGCUGCAUUUAACGAAGCUAUGGCACUAACGAAGACACACUUAGAUAAAAUGAAAGAAGUUGCAUAUCUUGAUGUCUUACAAAUAUGUUUAAAUAAGCAAAAAGAUUAUUUGCACCCAUUAAAUUUGUGGCGCGUUAAGACAUUAGAUGCUGCUUUUGAUGCAUACAUUGAAGUUGGUAAAUGGGUAGAUGCACUAGAAAUUGGGCGACUACUUAUACCAGGGUAUAGGAAAUAUUAUGGAGAUUGGCACCCAAUGUUAGGAUUGCUUCACAUGAAACUUGGUAAAAUAGAGCUUUAUAAAAACUGCUUAAAGGAAGCUUCAAGCAAUUUAAGAUCAUCGAUAAAAAUUUUAGAAAUAACACAUGGCCAAGGACACAGUUUAGUGAAAGAAAUUUUGCUUCCAUUGUUGAUGCAAGCCACUAUUAACUUUUCAUAGCGUAAUCGUUUUAAAAUUAUUAAAUUG